AUGGUCCCCAAUGAAUCCCAUCAGUUUAUGGGGAUUAUCCAUUUACUUAAGCGUUUUGGAUGGACAUGGGUUGGACUGUUGGCUGCAGGUGAUGAAAGUGGAGACCGUUUCUUGCAGGUUUUAGAGGCAUUGUUUACUCAGUAUGAAAUCUGCUCAGCCUUCACACAAAGACUGACCCGUGAUGGCCGUUUACCUCAGGUCCCUGAUCUAGUCCGUAUGGCUGAUGUGAUUGAUCAACAUUUAAUGAAUCAGAGGACUAGAACCUUGGUCAUCUAUGGUGAAACUCUGGCCUUAAUGUGGUUGAGCACUGCAUUGUUCUUAUCAGGAAUUGAUUACAGUUAUGUUGGGAAGGUAUGGAUCAUGACAGGACAGAUUGAAUUCGCAGUCACUGGUCUUUCAAGGAACUGGAAUUUUGAAAUAUUCCAAGGGUCCAUUUCCUUUGCCAUCCACUCCAAGGAAUGUCUAGGCUUCAAGACAUAUCUUCAGACUAUAAAACCUGACUGGACACAAGGAGGUAGUUUUCUCAAAGAGUUCCUUGAACAAGCACUUGGAUGCUCAAUUCCCACUCCCCUAAAACCAGUGGGAUCUGAGAACAUGUGUACCGAGGAGGAGAGGCUGGAGGGCCUUCCUGAGGCUGUCUUUGACAUGCACAUGAGUGGCCACAGCUACAGUAUCUAUAAUGCCGUUUAUGCCAUAGCACAUGCUUUGCAUGACUUGCACACAUCUAGAUCCAGUUACAGAUCAACGAUGGGGUGGAAAAAACGUCAAGAUCUCCAUCCUUGGCAGCUCCAUUACUUUCUUCAAACCAUCACCUUUAACAACUCAGCUGGAGAAACACUGUUUUUCAAUAACCGAAUGGAAAUGGAAUCUGGCUUUGAUGUAAUGAAUUUAUUCAUAUUCCCAAAUAAUUCGUAUUGGCAAGUGCAGAUUGGCAGUCUGGAUUCCAAGGACAUUGAACAAACACAAUUAAUCAUUAAUGAAGACAUAAUUCAAUGGCACAGAAGCUUUAAUGAGGUUCGCCCUCUUUCUCUGUGUAAUGAAUACUGCAAAGCUGGAUAUCACAAAAGAAAGAAGGAAGGUGAGAAAUUUUGCUGCUACCAUUGUGAUCGUUGCCCAGAAGGGAAGUUUUCUCACACAAGGGAUAUGGCCAGCUGUUUUGCAUGCCCAGAAGAUAAAUACCCAAACAAAGACCAAAGCCUGUGCAUUCGAAAAACGAUCACCUUUCUGUCCUAUGAAGAACCUUUAGGAAUAAGUUUAGCAUCCCUUGCAGCCUAUUGUUCUCUGAUCACACUCUUUGUGCUGGGGGCCUUUAUUAAGAACAGAGAUACUCCCAUUGUCAAAGCCAACAACCGGGACCUCACUUACACUCUCCUUGUCUCCCUCUUCCUCUGUUUUCUCUGUUCUUUCCUCUUUCUUGGACAACCUAGAAUGGUGGCUUGCUUUCUGAGACAAUCAGCUUUUGGCAUCAUCUUCUCUGUGGCCGUUUCCUCUGUCUUGGCCAAAACAAUAACUGUGGUUAUAGCUUUCAUGGCUACCAAACCAGGGUCCCAAAUGAGGAAGUGGAUGGGCAAAAGACUGGCCAACUCCAUUGUCAUCUCCUGCUCGCUUAUCCAAGCAAGUAUUUGUAUGAUUUGGCUAGGAACAUCCCCACCUUUUCCCCAUUUGGACAUGAAGUCGGGGACUGGGGAGAUGGUUGCAGAAUGCAAUGAAGGUUCUGUCCUGAUGUUUUACCUUGUGCUCGGUUACAUGGGACUUCUAGCCAUCAUUAGCUUCACAGUGGCCUUUUUAGCCCGGAAACUGCCAGACAGUUUCAAUGAAGCAAAGUUUAUUACUUUUAGCAUGCUGAUGUUUUGCAGUGUUUGGUUGUCCUUUUUCCCAGCUUACACAAGCACUAAAGGGAAAUAUAUGGUGGCUGUUGAAAUUUUCUCCAUCUUAGCUUCUAGUGCUGGGUUACUCAGCUGUAUAUUUUUCCCUAAAUGUUACAUUAUUCUACUGAGACCUGAGCUGAACAACAAGGAACAGCUCAUCAGGAAAAAGUAA